GAGCAAUCACAUGACAGGGAACAAGGAGUUUUUUUCGAGUUUGAAUCUCAACACCAAAGGGGAGGUGAAGUUUGGUGAUGGAUCGUGUGUUGACAUUGUAGGAAAGGGUGUGGUUACCUUUGUGUGCAAGACUAGAGGGAAGAAGGCACUCAAAGACAUAUACUACAUACCCGAUCUGAAGCACAAUAUAUUGAGUCUUGGGCAAGCAACAAAGAGCGGAUGUGAGGUUAACAUGAAAGAUGUCUACUUAACGCUCACAGAUUCGCAUGGAAGGUUGCUAGUUCGUGUGACAAGAUCUCCAAACCGUCUCUACAAGACCCCUAUGGAGAUAAGCUACCCGGAGUGUUUACAUGUCAGGGACGUAGAUGCUACAUGGAGGUGGCAUGCUCGACUAGGACAUAUAAGCUAUGGAGUGAUGAACAACAUGGUAGGGAAGGAGAUGGUCAUAGGAAUGCCGUGUGUAACACACGAAGAAAGCGUGUGUGACGCAUGUCUCGCAGGGAAGCAGAUCAGACAGUCAUUCCCGACCAAAGUCAUGUUUCGUGCGACAAAGUCAUUAGAGUUAUUGCAUGGAGAUUUGUGUGGACCAAUCACACCACCAACGCCAGCAAAUAAUAAGUAUGUCUUUGUCUUGAUCGAUGACUUCUCUAGGUAUAUGUGGGUUAUGCUAUUGAAGGAGAAGAGUGAGGCAUUCGAUCGAUUCAAAAGGCUUAAAGAGAGUGUAGAGAAGCAGACAGGGUCAACCAUCAAAACCUUUCGCACUGAUAGAGGAGGAGAGUUUACCUCAGCUGAGUUCAAUCUAUUCUGUGAAGAGAAUGGAGUUAAAAGGCACCUAACCGCGUCUUACACACCUCAACAAAACGGUAUUGUGGAGAGGAGAAACCGAACCUUGAUGGGAAUGACAAGAAGUAUGCUGAAGGCAAUGAAGAUGUCGAACUACUUGUGGGGUGAAGCUGUACGACAUUCAACUUACCUCAUCAACAGAGUUCCUACAAAAGCCUUUAAGAAUCAGACACCAUACGAGUGCCUUACAUCGAAGAAACCAAAUAUCAAGCACUUAAGGAUACUCGGUUGUGUAGCUCAUGCGAAAAUCAUUGGGCCUUAUCUGAAGAAGUUGGAUGAGAGAUCAAAGAGUAUGGUCAAUCUUGGAACUGAGUCGGGUUCCAAAACCUACAGACUCUAUGAUCCAGACACAAGGAAGGUGAUGGUGAGUAGAGAUGUGAUUUUCGAUGAGGAGAAAGCUUGGGACUGGGCGUCUACAACAAACCAAGCUGAUUGUGAACCGAACAUGCUUAAACUUCCACAUAAGGGUGACAUAGAAGAAAGUAAUAAUCAAGAUGAGGAUCAUGAACAGGAAGCUAUAAACCAAGAAGAUGCGGAUCACAAUGCAAACCAAGACGGUGGAGGUCAACCGUUAAUGACUAGACAAGGCCGAACCAUAACAAAACCAAGAUAUCUCGAUGAUUAUGUGUUACUUGCAGAUCAAGAAAGUGCAAUGUUGUUGCUCACAGUGGAUGGCGGGCCAGAAAACUAUUUUGAAGCUGAACACGUACGAGAAUGGGUUGAAGCGAUGGUGGCCGAGUUGGAGUCUAUCACAGGAAACAAGACAUGGAAGCUUGUGGAUAGACCGGCUGGAGUGAAACCCAUGGGGUUGAAGUGGAUCUACAAGAUUAAGAGAAAGGCGGAUGAUACAGUGAGCAAGUAUAAGACGAGACUUGUGGGAAAGGGCUAUGUACAAAGAGAAGGAAUAGAUUUCGAUGAAAUGUUUGCACUAGUGGCAAGAAUUGAAACUAUUCGGCUCUUAAUAGCCCUUGCAGCAACGAACGGUUGGGAGAUACAUCACAUGGACGUGAAGACCGCUUUCUUGAAUGGAGAUCUAAAGGAGUUAGUGUAUGUAACUCAACCCGAAGGUUUCGAAAAGAAAGGAGAAGAGGAUCGAGUGUAUGUGUUACACAAGGCUUUGUAUGGGUUACGCCAGACACCCAGGGCAUGGAAUGUGAAACUCGAUCAGGUUCUCAAGGAAUUGAGAUUUGAGAAGUGCACGAAGGAACCAUCAGUGUACCGCAAGACUGAAGGAGGAGACAUCUUGAUCAUAGCCAUCUACGUUGAUGAUCUAUUAGUGACAUGAACUUCGCUUAAGGUGAUUAGGCAAUUCAAGGAGGAGAUGUCUAAGAAGUUCGAGAUGUCAGAUCUAUGUAAGCUAACGUACUACCUUGGCAUAGAGGUGAUUCAAGGAGCAGACGGAAUCAGAAUAAAACAAGAAAGAUAUGCUCAAGGAAUCCUGUGUGACACGAAGAUGGAAGCGUGUAACACAACUCAAAUUCCAAUGGAGUCGAAUUUGAAGAUCUCAAAAGCUGAAGAUGAACGAGAGAUAGAUGCUACCGAGUUCAGAAGAAUCAUAGGAUGUUUGAGGUAUCUGCUUCACACAAGACCCGACUUGUGUUAUGCAGUAGGUGUUCUUAGCCGAUACAUGCACAAUCCGAGAGACUCUCACGGACAAGCCAUCAAGCACAUAUUGCGGUAUGUGAAAAGAACAACAAACUACGGUCUGUUCUUCAAGAGAGAUGGGUCAAGGAGUGUCGUUGGUUAUAGUGACAGCAACAGCAGUCACAACAUUGAUCUCGAUAACGGGAGGAGCACGUCAGGUCAUGCAUUCUACUACGGUUCAUCACUGAUCACUUGGACAUCGCAGAAGCAACAGACAGUUGCAUUGUCAUCAUGCGAAGCAGAGUUCAUGGCAGUAACAGAAGCAGCGAAGCAAGCUAUAUGGAUCAUGGAAUUGUUGAGUGAGAUACGAAGCAAAGAAGGCGAGAAGGUCAAGCUUAGGAUCGACAACAAAUCAGCCAUUGCUAACCAAGAAUCCAGUUUUCCAUGGAAGGAGUAAGCAUGUAUUCAAGAAGCAUCACUUCAUUCGUGAGUGUGUGGAGAACGGGCAGAUCGAAGUGGAGCAUGUGUCGGGUGUUGAGCAGAAGGCCGACAUCCUUACCAAGCCAUUAGCAAGGAUUAUGUUCAAGCAAAUGAGGAGUUUAAUCGGAGUUCAAGAAAUUGAUCUCCCUAAUUCAAGUUGGAAUUAAGGGGGUGAAUGUUGGAUAAUUCCAAGUUUGUGGAAACUUAACAUAUUAUUAGAUGUUUAAUAUGUUAAGAUAAACACAAUAAAGAAACCUAGAAAUAUGAUAAGGAAAUUUCUAUUUAGGUUAGUUUUGUGUUUUCCAUAUCUCAUAUGUUAAAGGGAAUUGUCUUUCAUAUAAAUAUAGGUCUAAUGGAGAGGUAUUCCAUAUGAUCUGAGAAAAACAUAUUGAGAGCUUUAGUUUUGAGUAGUUUCUAAAGCUAAUAAGAAAAAUUGUUGUUAUAACUCUUUGUGUUUCUAAGAGAUCUGAUACGAUACUUGUAAUAUCCUUUAAUAUGGUUUGAUGCUAUUAUUAGCAAAGCAUUUACACACAUCACUAUUGACAUAAUCUUAUACAUGUGUGCGUUUGUAGAGUCAAAGUUUGGUUUUGUUGUUAGGUUUUACUUUGAAUCAGGGUAACAAAAGUCUAAGAUGACAAAGACAAUCUUAUGUCAUUUGAUUCUUCCAUUUUAUUUGCAAAAAUUUGUUUUUAUGAUUCAUGAUUCCAUCAGUCAUAGCCUAAAUCUCACCAACCACAACACUCCAUCAUUGUUGGCCGUGCGCCUAGCGGUCCAAAUUCACAUUCACCAAUAUUAAUCAAUUUUCAACAAUUGUUUGAUGCGAUACUUUGAAAUGUUCUUUGAAAAAUCAUCAUCUAAGAAUAUUUAUUUAUAAGAAAAACAAAUCAUUUUGAAGGUUAUACUACCAUCUUACAUAUCAGUAUAUCACCUACCCAUAUAACUUACAUUUGUUUUGUCACACCUAUUUAGCUACAUUAUUACCUUACAAGUUCGAAAUAAAUGGUAUUUUCCUCUCUCAAUUUGAAUUUGAAUUUUCAUGAUUAAAAAUAGUAUGAAACAAGACAAAGUAUCUCGUUUGUAUUUAUCCAAAUACUAUUUGGUAAUAAAUGCAAUUUCAAAGGCCAAGUCAUAUACUCCAUCUUUUUAGUAAUAUUUUUCAAAUACAUUUAUUGUUAGAAACAUCUCAUUUUUACAAAAAAAAAUAAAAAUCUCAUGAGUAUUUAUUUUGAUAGAUAGAUAAAACUAAUCCUACUUACUAAUUAAUAUGCAUUCAAUGAAACCCUCUCUCAUCUUGUGUGUCUCUGCCUAUAUAUAACAACAGCCAAUAACAUGAAGACCUCAAACUUUCUUUGUUAACUCUCGAGAACACAAAAAAAACAAGAACAAUAGGUACACCAAGGUGAGCUUACUUUGAACAUAGAUUCAAGUUCCUAUAUUAUUCUUGGAAGGCAAGAAACAUGAAUCAACAAGAAGCUGCGAGUACACUUGGACUUGAUCUGAAACUAAAUAUACUGGAUUCAUCUUUGCCCAGAGAGAGCCCAUCUUCAUCGUUAUGCUCGGAAGAAACUGGAGGUGGAGGAGGAGAGGCUGUGCUUGUUGGUUGUCCUAACUGCAUCAUGUACAUCAUCAUGUCUUUGGAGAGUAACCCUAGAUGCCCUAGAUGCAACAGCCAAGUUUUACUUGAUUUUCUCACAGGAAACUGUAGCAAGAAGAGUAGUAAUUAAGAAAAAGCCAAUUAAAAAUGUUCUUUCCUUUUAUUUUUCUUUUCUUGUUCUGUUGCCACAUAUAUUGAUAGUUAAAAUUAUACGACGCAAGGAUGUGUUCAUAAAACAUAAAUAUAUAUAGACACAUUUGUUUUCCAGGAA